AAAUAAAGUAAACCAAACUCAUUUUGCACCAAAACUCUCCGAUAGCAAAGCCUGCAACUUUUGCACCACAACCUUCGUAUCCUCACCGUACCUCGCCACCGAUUUCAUGUAAUCGGAUGGAGAAUCGGGUAACUGAUUAGAAAGGGGAACAUCAUUUUCUAUGCUCCGAAGGUUGCGUUGGGUUUGAUCAAUAAUUGAGUCUAAGGUGUUCGACGAAAUGUCAAACCGAGUUUGCAUAAAAAAGGGGUUGUUGACACUAAUGGGUGCGAAGUUUGUGGGCAAACAAGGGCACCCAACUCGUUUUUCCAUGUGUCUUCGAUCCAAAACUACGUCUGCGCAGUAUGUAGCAACAAGAUUUCGAGACCCCACGUUUGAGAAACUCAUGGACAACUACAAGAACCUUGUCAAAGUCAUUGCCGUUCAAGACCUCAUCCUUGCAAACCCAAAGAAUCCAUCAGUCUCCAUUGAUUUCCUCUCCAAGCUCUCCCAGAAGCUCCACCUGAACCGUGGCGCCACUGCCUUCCUCCGCAAGUUUCCUCACAUCUUCCACAUUUACUAUGACCCUUCCAAGUUGAAGCCCUUUUGCAGGUUAACUGAUGCUGCUCUUGAUGUUUCACGGCAGGAAGCAGUGGCCAUCAAUGCUUCUUUGCCUGAUGUUGUUGGAAGACUUGUUCGGAUACUGUCAAUGUCUGCAUCCAGAAUGGUGCCUCUUAGAGCUGUUUUUAAGGUUUGGAAGGAGCUUGGGCUGCCUGAUGACUUCGAGGACUCGGUUAUAUCUGCUAAUUCUGGUGUUUUUCAGCUGUUUGAGGCGCAUGAACCAAAUACUCAUUUGUUGAAGCUGGUUGAUGGUGCUUGCAACAAUGGUUUUAGGGCAGCUGUUGAGGAUUGGAGGGUUGUUGAGUGCUGCAAGGAGGACUGCAGUGUUGAUAGGAUGGAAAUGCAGUUCAAUUUCAAACAAGGGUACCCUCCGGGGAUGAGGUUGACCAAGAAUUUCAAGGCCAAGGUGAAGGAAUGGCAAAGGUUGCCGUAUGUGGGGCCUUAUGAAGUGGUGGGUGAGAAGAAGAAGUCUAAGGCUGGAAUGAUGGCUUUUGAGAAGCGAGCAGUGUCGAUUGUUCACGAGUUCCUGAGUUUGACGGUGGAGAAGAUGGUGGAAGUUGAGAAAAUCAGCCAGUUUAGAAAUUGGUUUGGGAUUGAUUUAAAUAUAAGGGAUCUAUUCCUGGACCACCCAGGGAUCUUCUAUUUGUCUACCAAGGGUAAAAGGCAUACUGUUUUUUUGAGGGAAGCUUAUGAACGAGGGUGUUUGAUCGAACCAAAUCCCAUCUAUGAUGCAAGAAGAAGGCUACUUGAUCUUGUUGUUUUAGGACGUCGGGGUCUGCCAGCUGUUAAUUCAAAGUUCCAGGAUACAAGCGGCUGCAAUGAGACUGGACAAGAGGAAAACCAGCAAAGCCACGAUUCUUUACCAUCUUGACUUUAAGCAUUACAGCUUUGUUAAUGUGUCUUGUUAUUUGCUUUUCCAUGUCUAGGGUUGCUUAAUUUUCUUGUGUGCUGCUUUCGGCAUACAAGUGACUUCAAAUGCAAGGAUAGUAAUGGCUUUGACUCUAACUUGAUUUAAUGCUCUGCACAAAUCAGUUUGAUAUAUAGGAAGACCUCCUAAUUAUUCGUGAGAAGCUCUCCUCUGUACUAGAAUGGCUGAAUUAACUCCAUUAUGUUACUUUGUUUCUGCUUGUUCUUAAAACGUUCUGUGAAACUGUAGCUGAUUUUUUAUUACAUUGGAAGAUGCUAAACUAUGGUUCCCUGCUUACCACAAAAGCUUUGCUACAGAAACCAUAAAGAAUACAAAUUCCUUGUUUUC